AUGAGAAGGGCUACGGUGUUAACCAUUGCUGGCACUAUAUUUGUCAUCCUCUUAUCGAAUUUAAUCAGCAUUCUCAAAAUACAGAACAAGGGUGCUAAGCAUGGUACAAUGACACCUAUGGAUCAAGUUAUGUGGAGGACCAAUUUGUUAGAGGCUACUUUAAUGGGGUUCUCGCUAUGUCUCGGUUUUCUAAUCGAACGCAUACACCAUUACAUGCAAAAGCUGAUCAAAAUAAGGAGCAAUAGAGGAGUUUCGAAGCAAGAAUACGGGAGGCUUGAGAAAGAGAAGAUGGAGCUCAAGGAAAUGGAAGAAAAAGCUGCUGCAGAAAUCAAACGACUUAGAAAGGAAUUAUCUUCUGUAACCGAGAAUUUGAACAAGCUGAAGGUGGAGUUGGCCGAAAAGGAGAAGCAAGUGGAGACCGCUGAAGCACAUGUUGUUGCUCUUCAGAAACAAGCCGAGGAUCUGCUUCUAGAAUAUGACCGACUAUUGGAAGAUAACCAAAAUCUUCAGAACCUUGGAUAUCGGUAA